AGUGUAAUCUCAAGAAGACUAACAUGUACUUUUAUGUGUAAGAUCGGAAUUAUUGGUGGAACUGGCCUGGAUGAUCCAGAUAUCUUAGAAGGAAGAACAGAAAAAUACGUUGAUACGCCUUAUGGCAAGCCAUCGGAUGCUUUGAUAUUGGGAAAGAUAAAAAAUGUGGACUGUGUGCUGUUGGCAAGACAUGGAAGGCAUCAUACAAUUAUGCCGUCGAAUGUCAAUUACCGUGCCAAUAUUUGGGCAUUAAAAGAAGAAAAUUGUUCUCAUGUAUUAGUGACUACUGCCUGUGGUUCAUUACGAGAGGAAAUACAACCUGGUGAUCUUGUCAUGAUUGACCAGUUCAUUGACAGGACAACUAAAAGACAUUGUACUUUAUACGACGGGCAGCAUUCCACUCUUUCAGGAGUAUGUCAUAUUCCAAUGGCAGAGCCGUUCUGCACCAAAACCAGAGAGGUUCUUAUUGAGACUGCCAAGAAGCUUGGGCUCCAGUGUCAUUCGAAGGGGACAAUGAUCACAAUCGAAGGCCCACGUUUCAGUUCUCGAGCAGAAAGCUUGAUGUUUCGCAGCUGGGGAGCUGAUGUUAUCAACAUGACCACAGUGCCUGAAGUGAUUCUUGCGAAAGAAGCUGGAAUGAGUUAUGCUAGUAUUGCCAUGGCAACAGAUUAUGACUGCUGGAAGGAACAUGAAGAAGCAGUUUCAGUGGAUAAAGUUUUAAAGACGCUGAAAGGGAAUGCAAAUAAGGCUACUAGCAUACUCCUUACUGCUAUACCUCAGAUAGGUUCCAUGGAAUGGACCGACACCCUGCACACCCUGAAAGUCCGCAGGUCCUGCCAGGAGCCUGCUCCAGCGUGCGCUUCCCACAGGGUCCCAGCCUCCUUUGGGCAUCCACCUGCUCCGGCGUGGGGUCCUCCAUGGGCUGCAGGUGGAUAUCUGCUCCACCGUGGACCUCCAUGGGUGCAGGGGGACAGCCUGCCUCACCAUGGUCUUCCCCAUGGGCUGCAGACAACAGUGCAGUGUUCAGUCAUCCUGCCAAAGCAGUAACAACUUGGAUGGACCCUGAAGUUUUGGUGCUCACAAGGAAGAGUGGAUCACUUUCGAACUUCCAGGGGUCAUAAUAUCUUCAAAAAUUGUUACAAGCAUAAAAGAAUGGAGUAAACGUUGACCGAUGAUAAUGCAUAAGACAGCUUUUAUAAGCUUUAUCAUGCUUGAUCAUGUAUAAGAUGGCUAAAGUUAGAUUUUGAGUAUGUUUUAAACUAGGAAUAGCUUUACUGUCAAGCUGGAUCAGACAAUGGCCAAAGAAAAAAGUCAGCAGCGAGUUGUGUUACGACCCAGACCGGGCAGACCAGAGGGUCGCAGAGGUUCUGGGAUCCCCCUGGGCUAAAUUAAGGUGAAACAACACCAGACGAUUGCUUUGAAUGCUUUACUUGAACAAUCCAAACUCUGGAAGGCGUAGUGGUGGGCAGCGUGGGUUCUAGCAAAACAUUCACAAGAAGAGAGGAAAAAGAGGGGAAAAAGAAAAAAGAUAGUCACCACCCGUGGAUCCCGUGUUGUCGACGACCAGUGUGGCAGUCCUCCAGCGAUGGGCACACAACGUGGCUCUUUACAAUUGUGUCUUUUAUAGUCUAAUCUCCGCCCUCAGUCACAGCUCUUGAAGACUUAUAUGGGCUCAUUCUAGACAGUUCUCAACAUACAUGGUAGUGUUCCAGAUGGUUCUUUAUCUACUGAGCAUGUGCGGCUUAUUGGGGUGGUGGUCUUAGGGACUUUCCAGGGGCUGCAAGCCCCUUCCUCAAAUAAACUUUGUGUGACCCCCGGCCACGUUGCCAUGCAGGGUCUGCCAGAACCCCGGACCGCGCACCCCCGGGCACGGCCCCUGUGCCCAUGCCGCGGACUCCUCACUGAAGUCCCCAGUUGCUGUGCCGACCGCACCUUGGUUUGCUGCGACGUUUGAGACAUUGACAGGCGUUAGCUCUUUCAGUCCCUCACAAGUUGUCAUCCUCUAUUCAGUGAUAACUUUUCAUUCAUGGAAGAAAGGAAAGGCUAGGUAAUGCUCUAUUGCAGUUUCAUAAAAUAAGAUCUGAGAAAGCAGAUUCACAGAUACGCUAUCUGCUUUGCUAUUUCUGCCUCCCAUCUUUUCCUUCGACAAGGCAAAUGGUUACAAUUCACUUAGAAACAUACCAGAAAAACUGAACAGACAAUUUCAAAAUAAAAUUAUACUAUUUUUAUACAUUAUCCAUUUUUUUUAUUUCAGUGACUUUUUUUAAAAGCAGUGGUUUUUGUUUGUGUGCUAGAAGACAUGGUUUAAUAAUUGUGGUGUGAGUAAUAAUUCGCACCAGCAGUUGUGUAAUGAAUGAAUGUUCUACAUUAAAAAAAUUUAGGUAAUGCCUAGGCCAAAUUUAUGCCUGAAGGUGUACUUAUGUGACUUACAGAACAGUAAAGUACUUUGCUGUCAGUGUCCUGAAUACUGUGCUGCCCUUUUGCUGCUUCAUUGAUCUGAACAGCUCUGGGUUUAGUUUCUGUUUUAAGUGAUGAAUGUGCUCAAGUGCUUUGAAUGUAUGUAUUUCAUUUUUUAAUACAAUUCGACUUCAGUAAAAUAAUCUACUGCUUCUUGUCUAGUAAAUAAAACAAAUUAAACCUAUGCUUC